AUGUCCAAGUACGGCGUGCUGGCCAUCGGUCCAGCUGGCGCUGGUAAAACCACCUUCUGCUCGGCCUUGAUUGGCCAUCUGAAGAACUCGCGCCGUUCGUGUUUUUACAUCAAUCUCGACCCCGCCGCCGAGGAGUUUGUCUAUGAGCCUGAUCUCGACAUCAGAGAGCUCAUCACCCUCGAAGAUGUCAUGGAGGAAAUGCAUCUCGGCCCCAACGGUGGGUUAAUCUACUGUUUCGAGUUCCUUCUGGAGAACAUGGACUUCAUUACCGACCCACUGGAAGAGGUGGGUGAAGAGUACCUCAUUAUAAUCGAUAUGCCCGGCCAGAUUGAGCUGUACACCCAUGUGCCCAUCCUGCCUACCCUCGUCAAGUCCUUGACCAGAGGCAGUCUCAACGUCAACCUCUGCGCCGCCUACCUGCUGGAAGCCACCUUUGUAGUAGAUCGCGCAAAGUUCUUUGCUGGUACCCUGAGUGCCAUGAGUGCUAUGCUCAUGCUCGAGGUCCCUCACGUCAACAUCUUGAGCAAGAUGGAUCUCGUCAAGGGCACUGUCGCAAAGAAAGACCUCAAACGUUUCAUUGACCCCGAUGUCAGCUUGCUGGACGAAGACCCCACCACCGGCUUGUACUACGACGAAACAAAUGACCCCGACGAUGUUACCGACUCCCAAAGUGUCAUGGCCGGUUCCUCCUUCAACAAACUGAACCGCGCUGUUGGCCAGCUCAUCGACGACUUUGCCAUGGUAUCCUUCCUCAAGCUUGACGCUCAAGACGAAGACAGCGUCGGCGCUGUGCUUUCAUACAUCGACGAUGCAAUCCAAUUCCACGAAGCUCAAGAACCCAAGGAGCCAAUGGAUGAAGCACAAGACGAAGAGAUGACUGAGAUGGGUUGA